CAAAUGUGACGAAUUUCAAAGAGAAGGAUGCGGGAAAAGUGGUACUCUAUACAACAAGUAUGGGCAUCAUACGUGACACUUAUGCCAAAUGUGCGAAUAUGAAACAGAUAUUGCGUACGCUGCUUGUGAAAUUCGAGGAACGCGACGUCUUCAUGAGCAUCGAAUAUCAGCAGGAGAUAAAGGAGCGCAUGCACUCGGAAGCGAUAAAAGUACCUCAACUCUUCGUGGAAGGCCAACACAUUGGU